CCAUACAAUGAAAUUCACUCAUCACCAACUUAGGUCUUUUUAAAAUCUCCUCAACUUUUAUGCACAAAUCUCUCAUCAUCCAUGAUGCCUUUUUCUAUCUGCCCAAUUUAAGUCGCUCUCAAAACUUAGCUUUGUCUCAUCUUCUGUGCCAAUGGCUAGAGCAGCUGUGGCGAGAAAACAAGUUCUGGAGAAGAAUAGCAUCUUCGUCAGAGAUAAAGAGAGGCCAUGUAGCAAUGGCUUUUUCUCUAAACACCUCAAGAAAGUGUACCCGAUUGGGUUACAUAGGAGCAAUUCUUCAUUAUCCUUAUCGUCGGUGUCCUUAUCUUUGUCGCAGAACUCAAAUGACUCUUCUCUUACAGAUUAUUCAACUCCACUUGAACAGAAGAUAUCGCUGGCUCUUCGCUUAAUCACACCACUGGAAAGAAGAGAAGCUCCGGCAGUCUCGAAGAAUGUCCAACAGCAGCCGCAGCAGCAAAGUAAUCAGGAGUCUACUGGUGGAGAGUUGAAGAGAUGCAACUGGGUUACAAAGAAUAGUGAUGAAGUAUACGUCACCUUUCACGAUGAAAGCUGGGGAGUUCCAGUCUACGAUGAUAACCAAUUGUUCGAGCUGCUUGCCAUGUCUGGGAUGUUGAUGGACUACAAUUGGACUGAAAUUAUUAAAAGAAAAGAACUUUUCAGAGAAGCUUUUGCUGGAUUUCAUCCUAAUAUUGUUGCGAAAAUGGGAGAGAAAGAAAUCAUAGAGAUAGCAUCAAACAAGGCAAUUAUGUUGGCUGAAAGCAGAGUGAGGUGCAUAAUAGACAAUGCCAAAUGCAUAGUGAAGAUUGAGAGGGAAUUUGGAUCGUUUAGCAGCUACAUGUGGGGUUAUGUGAAUUUCAAACCAGUGAUCAACAGAUACAAAUAUCCAAGAAAUGUUCCAUUAAGGACUCCAAAGGCAGAGGCUAUCAGCCGGGAUCUUCUGAAAAGAGGAUUCCGGUUCGUGGGUCCGGUGAUAGUGUACUCAUUUAUGCAAGUAGCAGGAUUGACGAUUGAUCAUAUGGUGGAUUGUUUUAGGUAUGGUGAAUGUGUAAGCCUUGCAGAAAGACCAUGGAGGCACAUCUAACACUAAUGUUAUUUCUGCUUACAUAUAUAAAGUUUUUCAAGCAAGAGCUCUCAAAAGGAGAUGUAAAGGCAAAUGAUGCCCUUCUUCUGCUAGAAUAUAUAACCUUAUAUAUUCCCCAAGUCUGCAAGAAAAAUUAGAUAGGAAAGCAUUUGAUCGGACUGUGUAUAGCUUCUCUUCUAUUGACAUCUGCCGUUUUUGUUUUAUUGUUGUUAUUAUUCGUAAACAUUGUUAUUAAUAUUUUUUUUAUUAUC